CUUCAGUUGCCUUCAGUCUGCUUGAGUGAAUCGAACAAACUUCAAGUCAUAACGCAACACGUGCUUUGCGAACAUAACCAAAAAUACAGCUUUCGGAAAUAAAUGAUACACACACAGACUUCAGUAGUGGACGCCCUGCUUGAGUUUCACGUUAAAGUGAAGCGAUCAUUUUUUACUCAUGUCGACUAACGACAUUGACAAUGCAAAUGUGUCGAUCGAAGGCCGGGGGAAGGGCAUAAAACGUAAGAAGAAGAAAUCAUUCAUUCAAAAUGCUCGUAAAUACGGUCGCAAAGGAACCUACGGUCGAGGCAGCCACUUGGAUGAAGAUACGUACCAAUAUAUGGUCAGAGUUUUGGAGUUGAUGCGAGACGAUGCGUUUCCUAGCUCUGAAGAAAAACUUAUAUUUGUGAACAACGUCUACGAACAAACGUUGGAGCACGAAGUUGACUACGCCUGCAAUCAGAUAGGCUCCAGGGUGAUAGACUCGCUGAUGAGUUAUGCCAGUUUGGAAGUAAUAAACAGGAUUGCUACCGCCUUCAUGGAGAUGUUAAGACCGAUAUGUAGCGAUAGGUUUGCCAGCCAUGUUCUACAGAAAAUAUUAACUGUUUGUGCCGAAAGAGGAACACGUCAUUUAAACAAAGAGGAAUCCAAGGAGAUUACUAUUGCUGUUAAAGAUGAAGAUGUGAAAAUUUAUAAUGAAUGGUUAUUGAAGCUAAGUAAGUACGUCAUGAAUAACAUGGAAGAAUUCGUUUGGGAUACAUAUGCAAAUCACAUCAUUAGAACAGUCAUUGAGUUGCUCGGUGGUUUAAUAGUUAACUGCCCAGCUGGUUCAGAUAACAAAAGCAAGAAAAAUGCAGAAUAUGAUUUGACUAAGCGAAAAGUCGUUCCUCAAGAUUACAGCGAACUACUUUUAGAGAUAUGUAGAAGACUAAGCUCUUGGCCACAGCUGCCAGAAUUUCCUCGCUCUGAAUCUACUUCUGGAUUGCUGCAGGUGCUGCUGUACUCUGUGAAAGAUGUUGACAAAAAAGUGAGCAAAGUUCUAGCAAAGAAGGUAGUUACGGAUUGUUUUCCAGGAGAAGAUGAACUCCAGAUAUCUUCUGCUUUUCAAUCUGAAAGUUCCAUGCGGCUCCUAGAAGCCUGCAUAGCAGUUGCAAGGCCCAAACUCUAUAUAAAAAUCCAUGCCAAAUUUUUCGUCACAAGACUCGGCAAGCUCUCUGUAAUGGUCGGAGCAAAUUUCACAGUUCAACGACUGUUCAAUCACUGUCAAGUAAAAGAAGAACUGGAAAUGAUGUUCGAUGAGAUCUCAACUCACUUCGGAGAGAUAUUAGAAAAAAAACAUUUUGGGGUCAUAGCGAGUAUUGGGAAUGCCUGUAGAAGGCUACAGGCAAGGCAAGGAGCAUUUGUUAAUGCUCUGUCAAAGGCUUUACACUGUGAUGAGCCGAUUGAUAAGCAGGAUACAAUAGCUUUGGUGGUGGCGCAAAUGGUUCCUUCAGAUAAAUUACCAUCAAGAGAAACUGGAGGGGAGUAUCGUGUGAAUUUACAUGGAAGUCUGAUUCUGCAGUCAAUACUUCACUUCAACAAGCCAAUAAAGAUUGUGAAUUCCUUGCUAAUGGCAAAUGGAAGCGAUCUACGAAUCUUGUUCACGGAUCCCAGAGGCAGUAGGGUGAUGGACGCCUUUGCUGAAAGCAAAUUCAUUGGAGAAAAAAGCAGGGAAAAAAUGGCGAGAAGACUGAGUGGGAAUUGGGUGCAGUUGGCAUGUUCUAAGCACGGAUCAAGAAGCUUAGAGAAAGUUUGGCAGUGGUCGCCAUUGAAACAAAAACUUUGGAUAAUCGAGGAAUUAGCAUCUGCAGGAGCAUCCAUGCAGGCGACUGAAACAGGCAAAAUUAUAUCCAGCAAAUUGAACGUUCCACUUUUUGCCAGAAGCAGAAAGGAUUGGAUAGAAGCCUUGGGCAAGGAGGAAAAAACAAAGGCCUUAUUUGCAGAUAUCAUCGGGGAUCCUGACAAAAAGAAAUAAAUUGUGACAAUUUAUUUGAAGUAAAUCUAUCAUUAUUGGUCUGAUAAGAAAGAGUUGUUCGAAUGUUGUAUUAUACUGUAAAAUAAUUCGUCUACAUUCUGCUAUUAGAAAAUUUUUGGCUGUUAAGAUUAAGAAUCCGCUUCAGAAGACUUGUGUAUCAAAUUUAUGCAAGUUUAUCCCCGAUUAAGAAUAAAGAAUAUUCUAUUUUUUAGUAGCGUAUAUCAAUCUUAUUGAAAAUCGAUUUUUUUACUCAAAAGAGCCGUCUUCCUAACUUCCGGUAUACGAUGAAAUAAGAUGACCGGCAAUGGGCACCUUGAGGUAACUUGUACGUAAUUUAUUCUGAUGUGUAAUUAUCUAUUUGGUUAUGCCAUAAACACAUUUUGUAUAAUUAUAAAUAUGUAUAUUACAUAGAAUUCAAUUGCGAUUGCAAUAC